AUGGAACUCUCCAGGCAAGAAUACUGGAGUGGGUUGCCAUGCCCACCUCCAGGGGAUCCUCCCAACCCAGAGAACAAACCUGCAUCACUUACAUCUCCUGUAUUGGCAGGCAGGUUCUUUACCACCAGUGCCACCUGGGAAGGCCCUCCAAGAUGCCAGACACACACAAAUGAGGUGCUGCUUGUAGCAGUCUACCUUUCUUUAAACAAAGAAAUGAAAACAAACUCUCCAAAACACCCAAAAGUCCCCAAAGACCACUUCACAUCCAUUCCCCUUGGGCGUGAAGAGGCCUUACGAGCACUGUCACUCAUGGUCUACAGGAGCAAUGCAGCUGAUGACACUGACCAGGGGAGGGGUGGGAGAGGCGGCUGUGAAAAUCCUGCCCCCCUCCAGGAUGCUGCCAGGUCAGGCAUCCCGUUCAAAUCCAGAGCAGGAACCUAUGACUCUCAGUCUCCGUAA